GCGGACUUCAAUUUUCUAGAGUUCUUCAAGGAAGAGAUAAGCAAUGAGAGUGCUGUGAUCAAAAUCGGUGCCGCAAAUCGGCUGCACUUAGUCGCUUCCGCUCUCGGGCCCCAGAGGACGAUCAAUGAGUUGAUACCUUACAUGACGCAGGUGGUCAAAGAGGAGCCCCUCUGCAACGACGAGGAGUUCCUCUACAGCAUGGCCAAACAGUACUCGGUGCUCUCCGACUACGUCACCGGCCACGAGGACCUCCUCAUCGCACCCCUCGAGCACCUCGCGGCACAGGACGAGACGGUCAUCCGGGAACAGGCCAUCCAGUCGAUCUGCCAGAUCAUCGCGAAGCGCCCCCAGCUCGUGCCGGAGCACCUGGUGCCCGCGGUGCACCGGCUGGCCACGAAGAUCGACUUCUUCACGGCGCGCGUGUCCGCCUGCGCGCUCCUGUCGACCGCCUACAAGCACGCCAACGAGGACCAGAGGGCCGGCCUCCGGAGGCGUACGGCAGCCUCUGCCUGGACGACACGCCGAUGGGCGGCGCGCCGCGGCCACAGGAUGCACGACCUCAUGUCCGUGUGCGAGAAGCAGGCGAUCCUCAGCGACAUGAUCAGCAUCUACAAGCAGCUCUCCCAAGAGGACACUCAGGACACGAUCCGGGUCUCGUGCGUCCACGCCACCCUGGUGAUCGCCCAGAAGUGCAGCCCGGAGGAGAACAAGACGCACACGAUCUCCGUCAUCGAGGAUGCCGCGGAGGACCGCUCGUGGCGCGUUCGUCUGACAGUCGCAAAGAACUUCGACCAGUUGAUCUCGGCACUCGGACCAGAGAUCACGACCGCCCACCUCAUGGGUCCGCUCAUCCAGCUCAUGAAGGACAACGAGCAGGAGGUGCGCAAGGAAGCCGUCCGCGUCGUUGAGCAGUGCUUGCAGCUGCCGCGCCCCCUCACCAGCGACCAGCUGCAGCAGCACGUCCUGCCGCAGUUCCAGUCGCUGGGCAUCGAUUCCGCGCAGCCCGUUCGCGCAGCGCUCGCCCAGGUGCUCGGCCCCGUCGCCAAGGCGCUCGGGCGCGACGUCACUCAGCGGCAGCUCCUCAGCCUCAUUGGCGAUCUCAUGAAGGACGAGUUCCACGACGUACGCCUCAACAUCGCCUCGCACGCCGGACUUUUGUGCGAGGUUUUGAGUGUGGACGGGACUCCACCGUCACUGCUCACCACCAUCCAGAACCUCAUGGUGGACAAUCAUUGGCGCAUCCGCCAGAGAGUCGUCGAGCAGGUCCCAACACUCACGAAGCUAUUCGGCGUUGAAGUGUUCCAGGCGAAGCUCGAAACCUUGUACUUGUCAAGUCUUCGCGACUCAGUCCACUCAGUGCGUGAGGCCGCAGUGCAGCACCUCAAAGGUAUUGCCGACACAUUCGGAUCACAGUGGACUGUGGAACAUUUGUUGCCCAAGCUGGUGGAGCAGUACUCUCAGAGCGCAGGCUACGCGAAUCGCGUCACCACGCUCCACGUGCUGCCGCAGGUGUCUGGCGUGAUGACCCCAGAGCAGAUCAUGCAGUUCAUCGUCCCUGUGUUGAUCAAAGCCACCAAGGACAACGUCCCCAAUGUCCGCUUCUGCGCCUGCCGGGACAUCAUGUGGAUGCUCGAGAAUCACCGGCUGCACGCCGGAGCGGAGGUUUACGAAAGGGAGGUGUGUCCACCGCCGAUACAGGGCCUUGGGGUCACUCCGGCGUGCCGCCGGAAUCACAACCUCGGACCGGUCGCCCUCAACACGGUGAUCAAGCCCGCGCUCCUCGAGCUCGAGCACGACUCCGACAUAGACGUGCAGUACUACGCGCAGCGGGCCCUCGCG